AUUGGUUGGGGGUAGGGUUAGAAAGAUUUUAAACAGGGGUAUAAACGGAGGGUGCUUAUGGAGGGCUGUGAAUGACUCGCGAUCUGUGCUUGUACUUGGUGCUAAAAUAACUACGUUACUCGAUACUGUAUGUCCACUGAUUUCUGAUGGAAGUUUAUUUGUAUCAAAUUAUUUUGACAUUUGUUUUGUUUGGAAUAUUUUUGCCGCAAAGUGAAGCAAGUAGAAAUGAAACAGAUAAAAGAAGAUACGAAGACACAGAGACGCAAUUUCGACUUUUACCGCAAAGAAACCCAAAAAGAAGGAUACCUAGAAGAAAAUCCGGAAAAAUAGAGGUUGGUUUAAGUGAAGGAUCUGGUAAUGAACCUAAUGCCACCUCUUUUUCUGAAUGGGAAGAAUGGUCAAGAUGCAAAAACUGCCGACAAUUUAGGAAUCGCCACUGCAUUAACAUAGAAGAGUGUGAGGAUAAGAUUCAAAAGAUGUACAGGCCCUGCCAUUCAUCAUCAAACUGUAAGCAAAAAAUAUUGAUUAUGAUGGCAAAUCGAGGAGAUCCUAAAAAGAGGCCAAAAAAAGUGAGAAUCAUAAGAAAAUUAACUCCCUACUUCUUCACGGAGUGGUCAGACUGGUCACCAUGUUCCUCAUCAUGCUAUACAAAAAGGACAAGAAAGUGCAGAUUUCCUGGCCUUUGCGAUAAUAGUUCUUUGAGAGAAGAUUAUAAGCAAUGCUACAGAGAUGGAGAUGAUUGUGAAAAGCUAUUUUUUGAGCAGCAACAACGAUUAUUUGAGUAUCCUAAAAAUAUCGAUGAAUCGACUGAAAGUUUAAAAGAUAAUCCUUUGGAUAAUAUUGAAUGCGGAAUUCCAAAUGUCUCAGUACCAUCUGUACCACCGGAAUUCAGAAGGAUAACCGGUGGAAGGCCAUCCGUGAAAGGGGCAUGGCCAUGGCAGACCCUCAUUCUGAAUUCUGAUCGUGAACCAUUCUGUGGUGGAAUAUUGCUGUCCGAUAAGUGGGUGCUGACAGCAGCUCACUGCAUUCGAAAGCGCCUGUAUGUUCGAGCCGGUGAAUAUGAUCUCUCUCACUAUGAAAAGACCGAACAAGAAUGGUCUGUGUCGGAAUUUUGGAAGCAUCCUAAAUAUGAUCAGAAUACCGUGGACAAUGACAUAGCAUUAUUGAAGACGAUAAGGCCGUUUCAAUUGAAUUCUUACGUAACGCCGAUAUGCUUACCUUUACGAAGCGAUAAGCUGCCAGAGUUCGCAAGACUUACAAUCUUAGGUUGGGGAAAACGACGGAACUAUUCAAACUACGGCACAGACAUACUGCAUGAAGCUAAUGUUCCAAUAGUGAAUUUUAGAGAAUGUCAGAAAUCUUAUCAUGACCAGUACAUCAGCGAUAAUAUGUUAUGUGCCGGUUUCGAAGCUGGCCUGGUGGACUCAUGCAAAGGCGACAGCGGUGGACCUUUAAUGUAUCAAAGAAAAGAUGGCACUUGGGCAGUUUUUGGCGUAACUAGCUUUGGCGAUGGUUGCGGAGAGGCCAAGAAAUAUGGUGUUUAUGCCAACGUGUUAAAAUAUCUAUCUUGGAUAAGAAAUAUAAUUAAGAGAGGAGAAAUAUCACUAUAUGAUGAUGAUGUUGAUUAUUAGACUAACAUGCAUUAUUUAUUAAGAAUCUAGCUCAAGUUUUAAAAACAAAAAUAUUUUACGGAUUGUAAUUGUGUGGAAAUGUAUGCAAUUCGAGAGAUUUCGCAAAUUUGAGGUUAGCUUCUAUAUGCUCCCGUAGGUAAGAUUUCAAGUAAUUGCGCAUGCGUACUGGAAGUGCGCAUGUUCGAGUGAAAUGCGCACUCGCCCGUGAAAAAAAAAACUUAUAUAAGUGAAAAUAAGAGAUUUUUCAAAGAUCCGUAAGUUAGAAAUGCUACCGUGGUGGAAUAUCAUUUUAACUUUGAUCAAAAAAUCAAAACAAACAUUUACGAUGGACGUAGACUAUCUCUUUAAAACUGUGGCAUACGAUUCAAGAUGCUUUGCUUUACUUAAAACUGCGGUUCUGUGAGCAGAAAAAUUUGGUAGUUUGUAGAUAUUGUUGAAUCCAGCGAUAAAGAAUGCAGCUUAUCGUUAUCAUUAUUAAUAUUUAAAAAAAAUAUUGCUAAACUUCUAUUGAUUAUAUAACUAAAUUGUAUAGUUAAAAUAAACAUAAUUUAUAAUUUUAAAAUAGCGAAAAUUUAUCUAGUUUCUUAUGGAACUAGAGCAAUUAGACAAACAUAAUGUUAAAUAAAAACCAAUAAAAUUAUUUAUUUAUUGAAUCAACCAAUUGUCGAAAGAUGACACGAUUCAUUUCCACAAAUUCACAUUCCAUGUCCAUGUUUUUAUUUCGAAGGUAGGCUUAAACAGUAAACAGGAUUUAACCCCUUAACGAUCGGUAAAUUUUCAAGAAAACGGUCAUAAAAGUGCCGAUUUUUUUUAUCGGUGCUAUUUGAUUAGUGCUGACAUCUAGUUUAAAAUUAACUAACCAUCUACAAUUACCUUAAAAAUAUCCUGGUACUGCAAUCUGGUGUAUAAAAUGAGAAAUAAAAUGUUUUACGGGCAAAAUAAAUGAAUAAGUUUUAUUCUUAUUGUCGCGUUACUACUGAACACUCCAGCCCGGAAAUAUCACGGGAACGAGAAAUAGAGGGCGAAACCUCACCCCGUCAUUUUCACGGGAACAAGAAGGAAGGGUUUAAAAGCUAUAAACAGCGUGCUUGUAGCUCUGUCUUUGUAGCGUAAAUCUCGCCAACAUAACGUAAAGAUACGCAGCAUCUAAAAUAAACGCGAGCAUGCGAAGUUGCUUUAAUCUUACGUACAGGAGCGUACAAAAACUAACGUAAAAGUGCGAAAUCUCCCUCUAUUGUCCAAAUAAAAUUAUGUUGCGCUAAAUUUCUAAUUUCUAUCUUAAAAUGUGAUCAAGACGUUACUCACGAGCUAUUAAAUUUCAAAGUGGCCGGAUCCCGCUAUUGGUUGAAAAUUUCAUCGUUUCUUGUGGCAAGGGAGAGGAUGUGUAUCGGCUGGUGUUCACUUGACUUUUGCUUCAGAUUUCGUUUUCACUUGUGCUCUGGAUUUAUUUUAUUCUUGUAAAUAUUUAUGCAAUAUUAGUAUUAAAUUUUAUUUUCGUGACUUCGACUCUAAUAGAAAUUAUCACAAAAUUGUGCGAAUUAUAAAGAAUACUUUUAUUUUGAGCAAUUUUAAUAAUUAAGAAAAAUAUUUAUUUUGUCAUAUGCAUUAUACAUUAUAUCAUUUAUAAUGCUGUCUAUAGUGGCAGCAUUUAUAUUUAUUACCUUUAUUGCUCCAUACACUUUAUUUAAUAAUGAGCUUCAAUUUCAAAUAUUGCGCUCUUGCCUCUUUAAGGUAAAUAAAUUAUACAACGAGGAUAAUAGAUUGUUAACACAUUUAUUCGCAAAAAUAUUGUAUAAUUUAUGUCGUUUUAACAAGCUAGUAUUCAAGCUUAAGUUUUGAAAAAAAAUAUAGUUUUAUUUCCUUUUAGUAUUAUUAUUACUUCUAAUAAUAAUGUUAAUGCUAACUUUAAUGAAGUUAAACUGUUUUGGGCUUAUCUAGAAUCUAUUGUAUGCCUUAAAUCCUAUAUAGCUUAGAAUGCUCUUUCAAACUCGGUAAUAAAGCUAGAAAUGUUAUAGUAGCAAACUUUUUCACUAGUCUUAUUUUAUAAAAUAUACUUGCUUUUUUCAAAAUAAAUGUAUAUAGAUAUCA